AUGGAUUUGGAAGAGAGCGUCUCUGACUCUAAGCUACAUAAGGAUAGUAUAGCAAAAAAAGAAUUGCGACCAACUAGUGCUGUAUCUCUAUCGAAAUCUGAUCAUGGUCCAGUGGAAACAACUUCCUCUUUAGAACAGUUAAAGGAGUAUAAAAGUUGGGUGAGUCCAGAAAGAUGGAAUGAGUUAAAGAAGAUUGCGGAUACGGCUAUGAGAGAGCGUAAAGUAUUCAUGAUAAAAGGUGGAGGGUUUCCUGCUGUCCGGCGAGCACUGCUUGAAAGAGGUUGGAUUGAGAAAUACGAAUCUCACAAGGUUCGUCAUCCACCAGCAAAUGUCGAUGUUAGAAAAGUAACUGGAAAAGAGUUGACGAAAGUAGAGAGAAUGAUUUUAUAUAAAUUUAUGGAACACCAUUCAGUUGAUUUUCUUUGGACAACCAAGCGAGAUAAAUACGAUUGGUUGCUAAGUAACAAAGAAGUUAUUAUAAGCAGAUUCUGUAGAUCGAUAUUCACCACCAAAGAAGGUUUAACGUCUUCGCUGACGCAAAUGCAUUGGUAUACGGAUCCAGGAGUAGCACUAACGCGGUUUCCUCGCUGCUACAAUAUUUACAAUUCUGAUAGUCUAGAAGAAUUUAUCGAUGACUUUAGAAUCACAGCCUGCAUCAGUGUCCUUAAGUGGCUUUCCAACAGUCUUCAAGCGAAGGGUGACCAAGGAUUAAUAUCAGCUCAUGGAAAGGUCCCCUUUAGUUCUAUAGAAUUUGCAAUCUCGAGACUCAACGAAUAUGUUACAUUCUUUACACAUAAAGAUAUUGAUGACACAGAAGAUCAAUCACCGCACGUUUGGGAACAUGAAUGGGACCAAUUCCUCACGCACCAUUAUCUCCUGGUACACGAAAAUUCAAAUUUUUCUGAAGACAAAAAUGUAAACAUACGGCAAUUAGAGCGCAAAGCAUCUAAAACAUUAGGUACAAUGGUAAAAUUUUGGCCCCAGAUGGAUAUCGAUGGAGUUCUCAAUAUCUGGAUAGUGAAACCUGGCAAUAAAUGUCGUGGGAAAGGCAUACAGUUAAUGAAUAACAUUAAAGAUAUAAUUGGUCUCAUAAAUGUUCCUGCGCAGAAGACUAGAUAUGUCGUUCAAAAAUAUAUUGAAAAUCCUUUGGUUAUUUAUGAAACAAAAUUCGACAUACGACAGUGGUUUUUGAUAACAAAUUGUCAGCCACUCACAAUUUGGGUGUACAAAGACAGUUAUUUAAGAUUCAGUUCACAAAUAUUCAGUUUGUCAAAUUAUCAUGAAUCAGUACAUCUAACGAACAAUGCAAUACAGACAAAAUAUAAAAACACUGGUGAACGCGAUAAAGCUUUGCCCGAUGAAAAUAUGUGGGACUGCCACACAUUUAAAGCAUAUCUAAGACAGAUAGGUAAAUAUGAAAUGUGGGACACUAAAAUCUACCCUGGUAUUAAACAAUGCCUGAUUGGUGCUAUGUUAGCGUGCCAAGAAUCAAUGGACAAAAGGCAGAACAGUUUUGAAUUAUAUGGAGCUGAUUUUAUGUUAACAGAAGAUUUCACUCCCUGGCUCAUUGAAAUUAAUUCUAGUCCAGAUUUAGCACCCACUACAUCAGUAACUGCAAGGUUAUGUCCGCAAUGUCUCGAGGAUGUUGUAAAAGUGGUUCUAGAUCGACGUUCUAAUCCAGAGGCCGAUACGGGAACCUUUGAAUUAGUUUAUCGACAAGUUAUACCAAAAGCUCCAGCGUAUCUUGGUUUGCAAUUAUGUAUUAACGGAAAAAGGCUCUUGAAAAAGACAAAAGACAAGAAGUUUGAGCAAAAAAGUGUUACACCUUUUUCUCCUCCAAUACCAGUAGGCGAUAUAACGUUAGAUGUAGAUCAACCGGUUCCAGCUGAAUACAGUGGUCCCAUAAUAACAGAUUUUUUGACGUGGCUUAAUCCCUACGAUGCUUUACCAACUAAUAAAGAUGGUAUUUUAGUAGGUCCAAAGGAUUCGCUCACGGUACGCCAAGCUGUCACUGCCAUGAAAUCAAAUAUCAGUUUAAAAAACGGUUCAAAAAAGCGUAAAACAUCUGCCGUCUCUUUUAGGACUCAUCGAGGAACACGAGAAAGAAACAUAGAAUCUAAACGACGCGUGAAGCCCCAUUCAUGCUGUCGACCUGAAGAUAACCAAAUACCUAACCACGUUAGUAAAUACCGUACCGAGUCAGCAAAAAAAUCGGAGAAACCAAAGACUGAUAGGUCGGUUGGUAACAAACGUUGCUACAUAGAUCCUAUUGAAUGGGAACGAGAAACUGCAAGUAUUCUUCGAUCUACAAUUUCUGUACAAAACAAAAUUUCUGAUAGAAACGAGGUAGUUGCUUCAAUACGACAAACAAAAUCAAGUAUCACACACAGAAAUACAAAACAAAUUCUAGAACCAUCAUGUUCACGUAGUUUUGCCAACGAUAUGAAUCCAAUCAAAAAAUUAAGUGCUAUCGGUAGAAGUAUAAGUAAAAUACGUGAAGAAAAUAAAUCAAAACAAAAAUCCAUAACGUUUUCAAAAAGCUAUACAUCUAUUUACGCACCAUACAGGGUUAUCGACUCUCCUCUAAUCGAAGAAGACGAUUCGUUGUUUAAAAAAAAUAAUAAAAAUAUUUACUGA